AUGGACAUGCUUACAUUGAAGAUUCAGACUCCACAGCGACCGUGCGAGAUACCUUUUCCUGCUUUCUCCCCCAUCAUCGUGGACCGAUUCGUCAACUUCCUCUACCUCGGAACAUACCAGCGACACAUCGACACCGAAGUAUCUAACAUCGCCCAUGCUGAGAACAAGCCUGAUACGCUGUACAAGGACUUCACUCAGAACAUGAAGUCGGUGGAGUUCCAUCUGGAGGUGAUCAAGUUCGGCGAGUUCCUAAAGUACCAGGUUCUGAUCGAUACGGCCUACAUCAAGCUUAUCGAGCAGCUCAUAUCCCGGGGUCGUUUCGGACCGGCAUCGAUGAAAGGCUUUGUGGACUGGAUGUACGGUGCGGACCAAAUCUGCAAAGAUCAGGGAGGCGUGCUGCAGCGAAUCAUUGUGGCAGCUGCUGUCAUGCAUGAGCAGAAGUUCUGGGGACAGAGUCAGCUAGAUGAAUUUCUUGGUCUCGUCCAAAACCAUGCGGACUUCCUCGAACAUCUCAAGACAGCAAAAGAGCUGCACAAGACGCUCUCGGGAUCACCGUCAAAGUCUCAAAAGAACAAGGCCCUGAAGAGGAAACAUCUCACUAGCAACUAG